AUGGUGUUGAUUGACAAGCACGAGUACCUCACCGAGGAAGAGAAACGACUGAGGGAUGACCGGGAUCGCACUCGUUACUGGAAGAAAUGGGGCCCGUACGUAGCCGAGAGACAAUGGGCCACUGUGCGCGAGGAUUACUCUGAGAAUGGAGAUGCUUGGAGCUACUUCUCUCACGAUCAUGCUCGGUCGCGGACAUUCCGCUGGGGCGAGGAUGGAAUCGCCGGCGUUUCGGAUACCCAUGGGCUGCAGAAUAUCGCAUUCGCGUUUUGGAACGAGAAAGACGACUUCCUAAAAGAACGUCUCUUUGGACUGUCUAACCCGCAAGGUAAUCAUGGCGAGAGUGUCAAGGAGGUCCAUUAUCAUCUGGACAACACCCCGACGCACUCCUACAUGAAGUUCCUCUACAAAUACCCCCAGAAGAAGUUCCCGUACGAAGACCUGGUGGAUGAGAAUGCCCGUCGAUCGCGCCUGGAGCGCGAAUAUCAGAUUCUCGACACCGGUAUCUUCGAGGAAAACAGAUACUGGGACAUUUUCAUUGAGACUGCAAAGGAGGGCGAUGAUGAGGAGGAGCUGCUUUUCCGGGUCAUUGCGUACAACCGUGGCCCCGAGCCGGCUCCUCUGCACAUCGUCCCCCAUGUAUGGUUCCGGAAUACCUGGUCGUGGGGCUAUGAGAAACAGAAGGCGAGACCUUCCAUCAAAAAGGAUGGGCCCAUGACCGUGAAAUCGAACCAUGUCAAGCUGGGCGAGCGAUAUGUGGGCUUCGCGCCUUCGCCUCCCGUCGGGUCGAGCGAUGAAGAUAUCAAACCUACGAUGCUCUUCACUGAGAACGAGAGCAACAACCAAAAGCUGUGGAAUACAGACAACACCGAUCCCUACGUCAAAGAUGCGUUUCACCGUCACAUCGUCGAGGAGGAAAAGGGUGCCGUAAACCCUGCUAAUGAAGGCACCAAGUUUGCCGCGUGGUACGCUUUUGACGACGGCGAGGGAGUUCCUCCAGGCGAGUGUGCCGUUGUGCGCUUCCGGUUCUCCCGGAAAAGGGGGGAAUUUGUGGACGAAGAAGAAUUAGACGAUGUGAUUGAGCAGCGGCGUGCAGAGGCAGAUGACUUCUACUAUCGCAUCAACCCCCUUCCCAUGAGUGAUGACCUGCGAAACAUCCAGCGUCAGGCCUUUUCGGGCAUGAUGUGGACCAAGCAGUUCUAUCACUUCGUCUGGGACCAAUGGAGCAACGGUGACCCAGCGGAGAUUCCCCCUCCCCCGGGACGAAAGGGAGUGCGCAAUCAGCAGUGGCGCCAUCUCUAUAUCGACGACAUCCUAUCAAUGCCCGACUCGUGGGAGUACCCGUUCUUUGCGGCAUGGGAUACCGCGUUUCAUUGCAUCCCGCUGGCCAUGAUUGAUCCUGACUUCGCUAAGAAGCAGCUGGAUCUGCUGACUCGUGAAUGGUAUAUGCAUCCCAACGGCCAGUUGCCGGCCUACGAAUGGAACUUUGGGGAUGUCAACCCGCCCGUACACGCAUGGGCCGUGUUCCGGACGUUCAAGAUUGAGCGUAAGAUGUACGGCCGACAGGAUUUGGAUUUCCUCGAACGUGUUUUCCAGAAACUGUUGCUGAACUUUACCUGGUGGGUGAACCGCAAGGAUUCGGAGGGCAAAAACGUCUUUGAGGGCGGGUUUUUGGGUUUGGAUAAUAUUGGACUCUUUAAUCGCUCAGAGCCACUGCCUACUGGCGGCAUUCUCGAGCAGGCCGAUAGCACGGGUUGGAUGGCCUUCUACUGUCUGUGUAUGCUGAACAUUGCCUUGGAGCUGGCCAAGCAUCGGCGGACCUAUGAAGACAUCGCUUCCAAAUUCUUUGAACAUUUCAUUCUAAUCAGCGAUGCAAUGACCUACCGCUCCGGGGAGGAUAAUAUCAAAUCUCUCUGGAACGAAGAAGACCACUUUUAUUACGAUGCCAUUUCCUAUGGUGGUCCGUGGACCCAACAACUCCCUGUCAGGUCACUGGUGGGCCUAAUCCCGCUGUACGGAGUGCUCACUCUCGAGCCGGAGCUUAUCAACAAGUUCCCUUCAUUCAAGCGUCGACUCGACUGGUUCAUCGAGAACAAACAAGAUGUAGUGGAACGCAACAUCGCCAGCAUGAAAGUGCGAGGCAAGGAUGACCGACUCCUCCUGGCGCUCGUGAGCAAAGAACGGCUGGAAAAAAUCCUCAAGCGCAUGCUCGACGAGACUGAGUUCUUGUCCGAGCACGGGAUCCGGUCCAUGUCGAAAUACCACCAAGAGCAUCCGUAUUCCAUGGACGUCAACGGCCAGACCUUCAAGGUUGGCUACGUACCCGGUGACUCGGACAGCGCUCUUUUUGGCGGCAACAGCAACUGGCGUGGGCCGAUCUGGCUCUGCGUCAACUUUCUGCUGGUCGAGUCGCUGCUCCGGUUCUAUAUGUUCUAUGGCGACUCGUUCCAAGUCGAAUGCCCCACGGGCUCGGGCGACUACAUGCAUCUCGGUCAUGUCGCAGAGGAGCUCCAGCACCGCAUGCAACACCUGUUUGCUCGAAACGACGAGGGUCGCCGUGCUGUCAAUGCCAAUUCGGACUUGCUCGACUUUGACGAGCAUUGGAAGGACUACAUGUGGUUCCACGAGUUCUUCGACGGUGAUACCGGCCGCGGCCUCGGCACGUCCCAUCAGUGUGGGUGGACCGGAUUGAUCGCCAAGGUGAUCCAUGACACGGGGAUCACCUGCCGCCUCCCUCAAACCCCCCGCUCCCCUGCCGCGGCCGCUUCGCACUACUUUGACGAUAUCUUCUCGCGUAGCGGCCGGCCCCGAGGCCACGGCCGUCCGGCUCUCCGCCGCUCAUCCACCAACCGGUCCAUCGGCGCCCGAAGUGACUUUGAGGCGAUGCCCGCUGCCUCGACCGUCCUUGAUGACGAAGAACCCGCCAUGAGCGGCGCGGCUAGCCGUCGCAGCAGCGUGGCCGGCAUCCCGGUGGAUCCUGCGGAAGAAGAGCAUCUGAAUCACUAUGUUGAAAAUCAGCUGCAGCGAGUCCGUAGCUCUGCCUCGAUUGCAGCUUACGAGGAUGAGUUGGAGACCAAGGCGGAGAGAGAGAAUGGCUAUGCUUAA